GAAACACUAAAAGAAACAAAAAAGCUAUUAGAAAUUAUUGUUACAACUCCGAUGUCAACCAUUCUUCGAAAUACUUUGACCCAGGAUCGCCUUACAGCGUUGUCGAUGCUGUCCAUUGAAAAGGAAUUUAUUUCGACCAUGGAAAAUUUCAACGGGAAGGUGAUCGACAAAUUUACUGCCAAGAAGGAGCGCAGGAUCGAACUGACAUACAAAAAAAUAGGUAAGUUCGGAUUUGCAGAACACCUAUUUUAUCUUGCCACGAGCCGCCUCUGAUCAGGGUUAAUAUUCUUGCUCCAAAAAUUAAGCACACUUUUAGACAAAAUCUCACUCUUAUUUUGAUUUGGACUAAAACUUAUUGAUCACCCUCCUUACAGUCCAGAUCUUGUU